UCUCCCACCUCUCUCUCCUCCUUGUUCCAGUUCAUCCUUUUUUUCUUCUCCCCUUUCUUCACUUUUGUUCUCCAAUCUAUUUCUCAAAAAAAAAAAAAAAAUCCCUUUUUGAAUUUAGUUGAUGUGUCCAUGGGAGUGAAUCAUGGGUAGGUCUCCAUGUUGUGAAAAGGCUCACACCAACAAGGGAGCUUGGAGCAAAGAAGAAGACCAAAAGCUCAUCUCCUACAUCAAAGCCCAUGGUGAAGGUUGCUGGAGAUCACUCCCCAAAGCUGCAGGUUUGCUUCGUUGUGGGAAGAGUUGUAGGCUCAGGUGGAUAAACUACCUUCGUCCCAAUCUCAAGCGUGGUAAUUUCACAGAGGAGGAAGACGAGCUCAUUAUCAGGCUGCAUGGCCUGCUUGGAAAUAAGUGGUCUUUGAUCGCCGGAAGAUUACCAGGAAGAACAGACAACGAGAUUAAGAAUUACUGGAACACACACAUCAAACGGAAGCUCCUUAGCCAAGGUGUUGAUCCUUAUAACCAUGGCCCUAUCCAUCAUGCCAUGGCCUUGGAAACCCAUCGAGCAGUUGCAAUCCAAAGUCAGAGCAAAGGAAUCGCCGAGCCCAACUUUGGUGAAGACAAUAGCGACGGAGGAUGUAGCGAAAGAGGAGAUAACCUUGAGCUCGACCUCAAUCUCUCUAUAAGCCUGCCUCACUACUCCCCAAAGUGUUCCGAUUCACAUGCUAAUUUAGAAGCAAACAAACGGUCCAUUUGCUUGUGUUGCCAUCUUAGUUUCAGGCAAAGUGGCCAGCCCUGUAGCUGCCUAAAUUCCGACGACAGUAAUCCACUUGUAUUGAGACUUUGGGACUCAUAAUGCAACCACGAGAUGACUUGAAGCCUUUAAUUAUCUUGUGAUUGAAGUCUAAUUAAAUGUGUCUUUAGAUGACAAAGCGAGAAAAGGAUGCAUGUCAAAUUAAGGUGGUAUGAAAUGUGUGUGAUCUUAUUGGGUCAUUUCUAAGAAAAUAUGGAAUUAUUUGUAGCUUUUUCAUUCGCUA